CCGGCAGGGGUGGCCGAGCUGGCACAUGCUGCAGGUGGGGCUCAGCCUGCCCCGCUGCCCCGGGGGCGCGGCCGCCGCCUUCCCCAUGGCCGAGCCGGCCGCGGGCGAGGACACGGGCACCGGGCGAGAGGUGCUUGGCUCGCCCCCGGUCACCAUCGUGGUCACGUCCGAGGCUGACACCUGGGACAUCGACACCUCCUCCUGCCUGGGCUGCGGGCAGUUCGUGGACUGGGACAAGAUGCCGGAGCCGCAGCAGGCGGCGCAGAUGCCGCAGGACGCGCUGGAGCGGCCCCCGAAGGAGCUGAAGCGGCUGGCGAGGGAAGGCUGCUGGGGCUGGAGCCCCGCGGGCCGGGCCCGGCUCUACCCCCGCCUCAUCCAGCGGGUCUCCUGCCGCCUCGUCACCCCCGACGCGCUCGUCUACAGGGACGUGGCCGCCCGGCUCUUCGGGAAGCCCAGCGUGAGCUGCCACCCUCUGCCCGAGUUCCUGGAGGGCUGCCCCAUGCCCACCUACUGCCUCAACCCGCACGGGGUCACGGCCCUGAAGAAGAUCCUCAUCUGCGUGGGCGCCCUGUUCCCCGACAUCACCCACAGCCCGCUGCUGCCCGCGCUGGCGGCGCUGCUGCUGCACUACAGCGAGGACGAGGCGCAGUGCUUCGAGAGCGUCUCUCGCCUCAUCGCCAGCAACGCUCCCCACGCCGGCUACAUCGACCAGUCCUUCCUGGCCCACCAGGCCUCCUGCAUGACCUUCGGGGACCUGGCCAACAAGCACUGCCCGGCCGCCCACAGGCUCAUAGCCAGCGCCGCCGACAACGUGCUCGAGGUCUACUCGGAGUGGCUGUCGUGGCUCUUCCCCGGGCUGCCCUUCGCCUACGCCGUGCGGGUGCUGGACGUGUUCCUGCUGGAGGGCCAGAAGGUGCUGUACCGCAUCGCCCUGGCCCUGCUGAAGCAGUUCCGCCUCUCGCUGGCCCCGGCCGGGCUGCAGGGCUCCGACAUCAAGGCAGAGCUGCAGGCUUUCGUGAGGAACAUCGCCCAGCACGUCACUGUGGACAAACUCCUGGAGAGAGCCUUCGGCAUCCGGCUCUUCUCCCGCAAGGAGAUCUGGCUCCUGCAGAUGGCCAACAGGAAGGCGUUGAUGGAGAGGGGCAUCACCGUGGUGCAGAGAAGGCCGUCCUUCCACCUGGCUGUGGACAUGCAGAACUUCAGCUCCAGCACGGUCACGGCGCAGGAGAUGCGCCUCGUCUGGUCCUGGAUCCCCGAGCGCUUCUCGCUCUUUCCCCCGCUGCUGCUCUUCUCCACCUCCCAGGACGGCUGCAGCCUGCAGAGGUUCUACACGUGCUGUGAAGGCUAUGAACCCACGGUGCUGCUCAUCAAAACCACCGAGGGGGAGGUGUGUGGGGCGUUUCUCUCCUCCGACUGGAGCGAAAGGAAGAAGAACGGAGCCACGUCGGGCUUUUUUGGGACAGGGGAGUGCUUUGUGUUCACUGUGCGCCCCGAGGCAGAGAGGUACGAGUGGGUGUUCAUCAAGAAGCCGGAGCUGGCCAAGGCCGUGCCGCGCUCGCCUUCCCCCGCUGCCGGGCCCCGGCUCGGCCCCUCCCGGGACAGCCGCAGCUCCAGCCCCAACCACCUGGCCGUGCCCUCGCCGCAGAGGAGAGGCCGCCUGUCCCCGUUCCUGGCCGUCAGGCACUUCCUCCUGCCCUCCAAAACUGCCUCCAUGUUCAUGUCCGGCUCCCGGGACGGGAUCGUUAUCGGUGGAGGGGGCGGCCAAGCGCUGGCCCUGGACGCCAGCCUGCUCUGGGGACACACGGAGCGCUGCGACACCUUCGACAACCCCCCGCUCUGCCAGGAGAACUUCCAGGUGCAGCUCUUGGAAGUGUGGGGCUUUCAAAGCGCGUAGUUCCCGUGGGGACACCCCUCGUGUGCCACCUCGGGCACGGGGACCCUCCCCGCGCUGCCACCCCGGCCGGGCUGUGGCACCUGCGCGGCAGCUCCACUCUGCAUUGUCCCCUCCGCGGUACGAGCAGACCAGACCGGAUCAGAUCGGACCAGAUCGGACCAGAUCGGAUCAGAUCGGACCAGAUCGGAUCAGAUCGGACCAGACCGGACCAGAUCAGACCAGAUCAGAUCGGACCAGACCGGGCCCGAUCAGAUCGGCCCUCGUGGGGCGGUGCAGAGAGGGCAGGGCAGUGCCGGACCGGGGCUGCGGGCGCUGCCCUUGGGGACAUUCGAGGUCCCCUCCCACAGUUUAUACCCGGCCCACUCCACCCAGUCUGUCCCAGUUUGGGGUGCUGGAGGGGAGGGCAGCCGGUCUGGAGUUUCUCUCACCUCCCUGGCCUGUCUGUAGCGUGGGGCUCAGCAAAGCAGUGACAGCACGGGCAGAUUUUGUGGGAAUUCGGAGCCCAGGCAAAGCCCCACACCGAGCUCCAGAGCUCACACAAACACUCUCAGAUCCGCUUCCCCCCGGCCCCAAGGCCAGCACAGCCCUUCAGGCCAUCCACGGAGCUCUGCAGCCCCUGGGGAUCCAGGGCUGCCCGGGAUCCACCAGCACCGGGAGAGACUCUGCUUGUCCCUGGCUGGAAGCGCUGCUGGUGAUGGCAAAGCCCUGCCUGGGGUUUGUGGGGUGCAGCCACAGCCCCGGGGGGACCCCACGGUUGGGGCUGAGCCCUUUGCUCUGUCCCCAGCCCAGGGCUGGUGUGGGGCUGCAGGGCUGGACACCGAGGAGAUUCCCUAGUGGAUCACUGGGAUGGAUGGGCCAUUUCAAUGUGGAAUGGGAACGUUUGGUGUCGCUCUGUCAGACACGGGAGGGUUGGAGGCCACGGGGAACCCUCUGGUGCAGCAGGAGAACCUCUCUCACCCCAAACACACUUUUCUGGGUGGGGUCACCUCCCACCCAUCCCAGCCCGGCGGACACUCGGGGCGGGAGCUGUGGCUGCACCGGGCUGUGCCAGCGCUGGCAGGAGGGCACAGCAGGAGCAGUGAUGGCAGAGCUCCCACGGGCACAGGCACACCCGCCGGGAACGGCUCAGAGCCUCCACGGGGUAUCCAGGCACACCGGGAAUGGCUCAGAGCCUCCACGGGGUAUCCAGGCGCACCGGGAAUGGCUCAGAGCCUCCACGGGGUAUUCAGGCACACUGGGAAUGGGGUGUCUGGGCCAGAGCCGCCAGGAGGAGAAUCAGCAGGAAUGAGAAAUACUCGAGGGAAGGGAAUUCUGGCAGUGGGAAGUGCGACCAUUGCGACCAAGUGCGCGUUGGCCACUGACUCAAACGGAGCCGACCCAGCUCCGAAGAAGGCGAGAGCUGCUCCUGUGACUGAUCAGGACACCCAGCAAUUAGGGCUUGGAUGCCAAUUAAUAAAAAGUAAACAUUAAUAAAGCUAUGUGAUCAGCAA